AUGGACGUCAUGUCCUCCGGGCCAAAGAGGAAAAGGAUCAUCAACACUGUUAUCGGCGCAAAGGUCAAAAGCCAGCAUCUGUACCUGUUUGUUUCUGUUGGAGGAUGCAUCCUGGCAGUCAUCACUAUGGGCAUCUACAGCUUGCUUCUGUUCACCUCUACCUUUGUCUUUAUUCUGCUCGUGUGCUCUGUGGAUCCAACCUGUGUCCACGCCUGGGUGUUUGGUAUCCAGAUGUUGUGGCAAACCUUCUGGCACCUGCUUAUACAGUACAGGGAAUACUACUUGCAAGAGCCUGUCAGCAUCAGCAGUGUCCUCUUUGAUGCUGUGUCCAUGGACCUCCAGGAGAAACAAGUCCUGCUAACAUUUAAAGUGUUGACCAUAAGGAAGGCUUGUGUGAUGCUUCUUCCGCUUAUCAGCUACAGCCUCAAUUUCACCACAAUGCUUGGUGGGCCUUUGUGCUCCUACAGCCAAUUUUUGACCUUAAUGGCAGGGAUCAGCCUCAAACCUUCACCUAAUCCACUGAUUGUAGUCUUCCUUAAGUUGAUGCAGGUGUUAUUGCUGGAGUGGGUAAGGUAUUGUCUUGUCCAUUUUCUCAAACAUAACACCUAUGAUCCCUCCAACUCUAUCAAUCUCUAUGGCGUCCUUUGGGUUUGGGGUCUGGCGGCAGUUUUGAGGAUCCAAUAUUAUUCUCACUGGAGGAUCAGUGAAAGCCUCAAUAACGCAGCUGGGUUUGGCUACUGGGACAAUGCACCAGGAGACUCCCCAGACUGGAGCAGACUAUGCGAUGGAGAUUUCUGGACCAUCGAAGCGUUGAGUCGUAUGUCAGAGUUUGCCCGUCGAUGGAACACCACAACAGCUUUGUGGCUGCGUAGACUGGUUUACAUAAGGUGCAAACGUUUCCCAUUGUUUAUGACUUUUAGUUUCUCAGUGUUGUGGCAUGGCUGCCAUUUAGGUCACUUUGUGGGAUUUUUGACCUGGGCAGCAACAGUGAAAGCAGAUUAUCAUAUACACAGGCACUUGUGCCCAAAACCUUCAUCAACAUGGAGGAAAAUAUACACUUGUUUAAGCUGGAUAAACACUCAAAUGAUUGUUGCUUGUAUUGUUAUAGCAGUAGAAUUAAGAAAUAAGUCUGGUUUGAGACUUUUGUCUAUAACAUACAUAGGUCUGUUUCCACUUUUCAAUAUAAUUCUUCCUUUUAUCUUAUUAAAAUUCAACACAAUUUAGUAAUUUAGUCAUCUAAGCCCAUUUUUUGUGUUGUUAUAUACUGUUUGGUUGAGUUGGGUGGAAAAAUGAUAAAGUGUUUAAAAAAAGCUACAUUAAUAACACCAUAGCAAUGGGUAAUUUUAAUUAAAUAAUUCCUUGUCUUGAGUAGUCUUAGAAGAUGUAACUAAAAUUCAUACUUUAUUUCUAUGUUUCAUCCACUAUUGCUAAAUUAACCAGAUUUCAGGAGUAAAAGCAACAAUAUUUAAAAUUUGGGGCAGGGUGGUUCUCUGCUAGCAUAAACUGAAGAUCACUUCUG